AUGUUCUUCCAGCAGCUUGCCAGAAGAAGAAAAUGGGGAAGGAGGGUGAAUAGUGCACAAGGUUGCUGGGCUUUUGCAGGUAAGAGAGGAAGCUUGCUCUCCAGGAGUGGGUUUUUUCUCAAUAAGGUAUUGCGCUGGGCCAAGAAUUCAUUUGGGCCAAGCCGUGGAUUUUUUGGGCCUCAACAGAUGAUUUUUUUUAAAAAAAAACAAGUCUCCGAGGGCACUCUGACUGUCUCUGGGAGCAAUGAUGGUUUGACUUUUGCUUUGGGAACCCCCGAGCAUGGUGGUAGAGUCAGAGGUAUUGGAGCUGGGGUUUCCCCAAGUCAAUUCUUCAAUUUUCCAAGACAACAAAGAGUAAAAUUUGUUGACAAAUUGAAGGAAAAUGUUAUGGAAGCAGUCAAAGAAGAGACCUUGAGGAUUAAGACUAGGGCAAAGGAAAGUGUUUUGGAUGCAGUCAAAGCAGAGAGGGAAUAUAUGUUGAAACAAUUCAAUCAACUAAUUCCCAAUUUUGAUCCCAACAUGCUGAAAACUCCAAGUACCCCAAUUUCUUUACUGCCUCAAGAGCAAAGCCCGAAAAAUCCAAUGUCUGACAAAGCAAGCUUCUCGAGUGCCACUAAUGUGAGACCCCUUGUUUUGGAGGAAGAAAAUCCCAAGCUUGAUGCUAAUGCUGCUGAACAACAGCAAGUUGUAGAGUUUUGCACCAAGCAUUUAUCUGAUGUUCAUAGUGAACUUAAUGAGGAAGACAAUAAUGGCGUGUCAAAAAAUUUGAGGCGGCUAGCAGCUGGUCCAAGCAUGGCAAUGCCAUCAUAUAAGAGUUAUCUUAUUAAUGGUGUUAAAUUUAACACCAAGGCACAAGAUGAUGUGCAAAUUGUCCAAAAUAAUGGAGUUUAUUUACUUGCCCAUACUAUGCAAGUUGCUAGUGCCAAGGAUAAAAACUCUAUUGUCUCCAAUAUGGGUUUUUAUGAUGUCAUUCAAGAAAUUUGGGACCUUGACUACCAAAAGUUUAGAAUCCCAGUCUUCAGGUGUGAUUGGAUAGAUAACACUUCGGGCCUUGUAGUCGACAAACUUGGAUUUACCCUUGUAGAUCUGAGUAAAUUUGGACAUAAGAAUGACCAAUUUGUUAUGGCUUCUCAAGUCAAACAAGUAUUUUUUGUUGACAACCCAAUGCAUCGUGGUUGGUCGGUAGUGUUAUCAAUGCCUAAUAGAGAAUAUAAUGAUGUUAUUGGUGAUGAUGUCUUAGGUGAUAUUAGAAUUGAGUGUGAGCCAUUUACUAGAGGGAUGCCCAAUGUUGACACAUUUAAUGACCUAAUGGGUGAGUUUGGGAGUGAAAAUAUUAGAGAUGGGUGUGAAGAUAUAUGGAUUGUUUGA